GGACAUCCUCGCUGACGGUCCCGGCUUUCCGGGCUCUCUUAACCGGCUUCACCUGCUCCCUGCUCGGCCUGCAGGGCCGCGAACAGCCACUGGAGCCGCUCAGUGGAUGCUGAGCCUCCGCCGAGCCGGUGAAGCAGAACCGAGCCUCCCGGAGCUCCAGAACUGGACCACCGCGGUUCUUCUCUCAUCAUUUCUUCCAAUGUCACGAGCAAGGAGAUCCAUCUAAGGACGUCAUCAGCCCACAUCCGGUGCAGGAUGGACUAAACCGAUUCCUCCGAGUCCAUCUGAAGCACACCGGCACCGGGGCGCUGGAAGUGGAAGGACAGCAUCUUACUGGUGAUACUGGGAGGAUCAAACAAACAUUCGGGAUCUGUGGUUGACGGCCGGUCACUGGACCGGAACCCGCGCGGACAGAGCCGCUGUGGGAAGGAGGAGGCAGAGGCGGCAGCAGCGUGGGGGAACCGAACCGACAACCUGGGGGGGUGGGGGGAAUGGGGUCCGAAGAGGAUGAGAGGAUGGGUCUGCUGUUUGGACUCCUGUGGCUGUUCGGCAGCUUCCUGCAGGGCGCGCAGUGCCAGGGCGUCUACGCAUCCCCCACCGUGCGGAUCGUGCACGCAGGUCAGGCCUGUAACGUGGAGGAGGAGCAGUACAGUGAGAGGGUUUACACCAUCCGAGAGGGAGAGACACUGGAACUGCAGUGCCUGGUCACCGGACACCCCCGCCCUCAGAUCCGUUGGACCAAGACAGCAGGCGGAGCCUCCGACCGUCCAGGAAGUUCCACGCUGGACAGCGGCACUCUGAGAAUCGACAACAUCAGACGCCACCAAGGGGGGCGCUAUUACUGCAAGGCUGAGAACGGGCUGGGGUUCCCCGCCAUUCGCUCCAUUCGGGUGGACGUCUACUACUUGGACAAACCUGUGAUAACGGUGCAUCAGAGCGACGACGAACCAAAGGAGCAGUUCUACUUCGAGCGGACAGUCUUCCUUCGUUGUGUAGCCAGCUCCAACCCCCCGGUGGUCUACACCUGGACCAGAGACCGGGAGGUGAUCGCUGAAGGCUCCGAUUCAGGGGUGGAAAUUUACAAACCGUUUUUCACACAGGGCGAGACGAAGAUCUUGAAGCUGAAAAAUCUCCGCCUGCAGGACUACGCUGACUACACCUGCAUCGCCUCGGUCAGGAGGGCCUGUGGCAUCAGAGACAGAAGCAGCCACUUCAUUCUGAACAACAGGACAGCUCCUCCUUCUGUUAAAAUACUUCUGGAGGAUCCUGUGGUGGCAAACCCCGGGGAGACAAUCACUCUGGUAUGUAAGGUGGUGAGCGGCCAUCCUCCACCAACACUGAGGUGGCUUAGAGCGACAGAUGAAGAUCUGCCGAAGAGGAGCAUCGUCAAAGAUGGAACCCUGACAGUUCCUGUUAUCACCGACGAUGAUGGAGGAACCUACACCUGUAUGGCUUCAAACAAUGUAGGAAACCCUGCGAAGAAAUCCAUCAGCAUACUGGUCAGAGGUCUACGUAAGGGUCGGUUCUGGAUCACACCGGAUCCGUACCACAAUGAAGACAAUAUUCAAAUUGGCCGGGAGGUGAAGAUCAGCUGCCAGGUGGAGGCCACGCCUUCAGACGAGCUGCAGUUCAGCUGGCUGAAGAACGGCCGGCCUCUGAAGAGCUCUGAGCGAAUGGUCAUCACCCACACCGACCCCAGCGUCUCACCAGGAACCACCAAUCUGGACAUCAUAGACCUAAAGUUUACAGACUUUGGCACCUACACCUGUGUGGCAUCACUGAGGAACGGCGGAAUCCCAGAGAUCAGCAUCGAUGUAAACAUUUCAUCCACCACAGUCCCUCCAGAGCUCACGGUGCCUAAGGGCCAAUCCCACCUGACUGUUCUGGAAGGAGAGACUGUGGACCUGCAGUGUUUGGUGUCAGGGAAACCCAAACCCAUCAUACUGUGGUCUCGGGUGGAAGAGAACGGUCCAGCAGCAGCCGCAGAGCCUGUGAUGCCAGACGGCACGGCUCAGAUGGAGAGCUAUGAUGGCAUCCUGAGGAUCUACAACGUGACGAGGAAGAUGAGCGGAACCUACCGCUGUCAGACCAGUCAGUACAACGGCUUCAACGUCAAACCCCGAGAGGCGCUGAUCCAUCUGGUGGUGCAGUUCCCUCCCACCGUGGAGCCUGUGUACACGGAAGUCCGUCAGGCGCUCGGCCGGGCUUUCAGCCUCACCUGCAACCUGCUGCAGGCCUACCCGGCUCGCCACCUGCAGUACGAGUGGAAGCUGGGCCCCCGCCUCCUCACUGUGGGAGAGUUUACUGACCAAACACAUGACACCAGCUACCACGUUAAAGCCCUGAACCGAGAGGGUUACGGCGAGUACACCUGUGAUAUCACCAACGAGGCGGGGGCCGGUCGCUGCACCUUCCUGGUUACAGGGAAGGCCUAUGGUCCAGAGUUUUACUACGACACGCCCCAGGCUCUCUGGCAGAACAGACCGCAGGUCUACGGCUUCAAGCUGCAGUGGACCCAGAUGGAGCCCAACGCCGUGGACCGCAUCCUGGCCUACAGGCUGGGGAAUUUCCUCUGUGGCUUUGAGGAAGACUCCUUAUGCUCCUUUUCUCAAGACAAGUCGGAUGAGUUCGAUUGGACGCGUCACCGCGGCGCCGUCGAGGACGUGACCUUCACAGCCACCAGCGGGCCGAGCGCCGACCACACCGGCUCCAAGCAAGGCUUCUACAUGUUCCUGGAAACAUCGAGACCAAGGGUGGAGGGGGACAAAGCCCGGCUGACCUCGCCAACCUUCAAUGUUAACCCCGCGAGCAUCUCCUCCUCCUCAGCCAGCAGCGGCGCCGCCUACUGCCUCACCUUCUACUACCACAUGUACGGGAAGCAUCAAGGAGCUCUGAAUGUCUUCCUGCGGCAGAAAGGUCCCGCCCUGACUGAUACUUUAGUCUGGAGUCUGACUGGUAACCAAGGAAACCAGUGGCGGCAGGCGAAGGCUGCCCUCCAUCCCACCACAGCCUUUCAGGUGGUGAUGGAAGGAGUCCGCGGCUCUGGCCCUGAAGGCGCCAUCGCUAUCGAUGACGUUAGCAUUAAGGAGGGCGAAUGCAAAGACUCUCCACCAAACAAUCUGAGGUCCUUUGCUUCACUGCCAUCACGCUACACGCUGCUGCUCUGCAUCACUCAGAGCCUGGUGCUGAUUGGCUGGCCAAGGUGACACCAUCAGCGCCUCCUCCUCAUCUCAAUCAUCUCCCAAAGAGGAUGCCUUCUGACUAAGGGAUCUGUUUUUACCUUCUGAGAAAAGAGAAGCAGCUUUGCUAAAUAAAUCCAACCCUCCCUGAUCUGAUCUCCACUGUCUGACCUUCUUCACCCAGUCUGAGUAAAACGAUGAAGGCAGUCAGAGCAGAAGCGCUAAACCAUGAACCUGUCUGUGGACCUUCUAUCCAGCCUGGCUCCGCCCUCAGAUCAUCACUACUGUCCUGGUUAAACGGGGAGCAGCUCUGAGGAAAACCAAGAAGUAUUUUUAGAGUUUAUUUUAACGUCUAUCCAUCUGUGAAAGACAAGAAGCCAACAGCUCACCUUCUGCCAUAAAAUCAAGUGCCUUCAACUGGUAGGAGAUUCCGGAGCAGAGAACAUGUCAGACAUUAAUCCUGCUGGAUUAUAAUAACCGAUAAUCUCAGACAGGGUUUGCUCUUAGUGUGAAUCCAACAUUUCUCAAUUUUUCAUUAUUUGUGUCGGGAAAUAAUCCUAAAUGUGACCCUAACCCCACAAAACCAGGCGGCAAAGAGUCAGUCGGGAUGUGAGGUUGAAGACGAAUAACACUGACGGAUGGAGAACCUCCAUCGACAAAAACCGAUGGACCAAUCAAUGGAAAGCUGACAGACUUUCUGUUACCUUAUGGUCAGGUGGGUCCGAACUUUCAUUUACUUUGAUGUAACGUCAAGAUUUACAGACAAACUGAAGUUUUAUUUUCAAGGUAACGUUUUGUUUUUUGUUUCCAGUAUUGGUUUAAAAUGUUGAAUGAAUAAAAUAUUUUAUAUUGAGGAAAGACUUAAAGAAGCACAAAGACAUUAUGGACAAAGUUUUAAACAUGUCUGAGAUAUUUUGGCGUCAUGCAGAGCAAAGAUGAGAGGAUGAUGGAAAGAAAGGAAAAGAAGUCUCCACUUAUCAGCAGCACAGAGCUGCUAAUUGGCUGACCAAUCAGGACGCCUUGCUAGGUUCUACUUUGCAGCAUAAGAUUGUACGUUCAAACAAAGCUAACAUUACUGAGGCUGAAAGCAGCAAAUAGAAAAAGUGCUGCAGAAGCAAAAAUGAGACAAACGCAUAAAACAGGCGAAGGAAAAGAACGGAAAACGGUAAGGGGAGAUGAUCAGCAACCUAUAUGGACCAGACCACAGACUUUACAAAGCAUGAAUGGCUGCUGCCAGAAUCUUAGAGCAACAGAAACGGGAUGAAAGAACAGUUUUCCUGUUUAAACAUUUAAAUCUAAACAUCCCGCUAAUGGCUGAAUCUGACCUCAGCACCAAAAACGUCUUUGUCUCUUUUUGCAGCAGGUUUUGUAUUUGCUGUGCAUUUAUUUCCACUUGUUUGGCCUCUCAGCGUCUCUAGAGGAUGGAGAGGCGUCAGCAGCUAGCUUAGAGACGUUAAUGUUUGUCGCCCAUCACUGCAGGAAGGUUUAGAAAGAUUUACUCUGAUUAUUUAACGUAAAAUAUUCUAUAAAAAAUUUCUCUGACAGUUUAACUAAGUAUCAGGGUCUGUAAUGUUCAGACUGAACAGCGCCAUCUGCAGGCCUCAGUCAGAACAGCAGGAGAAUUAAUAACUUGGUGAUGAAUGCAGAAAGCCUCUGAAAUGAAUAUGUUAGCAGGAGGAGAGUUUCUAACGUUGGAAUAAAACCUGAAAAUCCUGAACUCGCUGGUUUUAAACGCUCAACUUUUUCCGUUUCCCUUCGUCUGCGUUUGACCAACAACCUGAUGAAGACCGCAAGCCUUUUUCAUGUUUAGACCAAUAAAAUCCUCCCAUGAAUGAAUUUUUCUGAAGCAGCCGAACACCAGGUUAGCUGGAACAGAUUCAUGGCGUCCGGAUCAGGUGUGCAUGGAAACCGACCCAACAGGGAAAAAAGGGUAAAAAUUUAAGCAUGAUGAAAGAAAAUCAUUAUAUUCUUACAGUUUUUAGCUACAUUUGCAAACAAAAUGGUUUUCUGUCUAUAAGAACCUCUCCCUAUAAACCCGUAUUUAUUUGGAUUAGACUUUAUUUUCUUCAACAGAGGCAUUAAAAACAGUAUUGGGACUGUUUUCCAUCUAUAGAUGUACUUUUUUCCUCUAAGGCUAAUUGGUUUGUUCUUUGCUAACAGCUGCUUUCGGUUUGUUAAUGAAAAACUUCAAUCAAAAUCCAAUAAAUCCUUAAUUAUUUUUAUAAUGGACGGCUCAAUAUAAUCUACUUGAACAGUCAGGAGUCUUUCUCUCAUGGUGUUUGUAAACAAUUUUAUUAUUAUGAAA